AAAAAAAAAAUAAAAAAAAAAAAAACGCCUUCACAGAGAGAGGAAGCACCGUGUCUCUCCCGAUCCACUUCGAAUUCUGCUACGUAGCUAGAUCCACUCACGCCAUAUAUCGGUUUAUUUAUGUAGAAAUCUCCUACAUAAAUUUGAUAGAUUUGCGGGUUUUGCUAUGGCGGGUUGUAUAAAGGGGGUGAACAGAUCGGCGUCGACGGCCUUCGCGCCGGAUGGUGCGUACAUCGCCGCUGGCACGAUGGCCGGGGCGGUGGAUCUGCAAUUCAGCUCAUCCGCCAAUCUCGAUAUAUUCGAGCUUGAUUUCGUGUCGGACGAUCGGCAGCUGAUCCUGGCGGGCUCUGUCCCUAGCUCUGAGCGCUUCAAUCGGAUUUCCUGGGGCAAGGGCGCUGUGAAUUCGGAAGAGUAUUCCCUUGGACUCAUCGCCGGUGGCCUUGUUGAUGGCAACAUUGGGCUUUGGAAUCCUAAGCAUGUGAUCUGUUCUGACCCCAGUAAGAGGGGUUCUGAUACAAGUGAGAAUGCUUUUGUUGCAAACCUAUCACGACACAAGGGACCUGUUCGGGGCUUGGAGUUCAAUUCUCUUUCCCCAAAAUUUCUGGCUUCUGGUGCUGAUGAAGGUGAUAUUUGUAUAUGGGAUGUAUCAAAACCAUCAGAACCAAGUCAUUUUCCGCCACUGAAGGGCAGUGGAUCUGCAACACAAGGUGAAAUUUCGUUUUUGUCCUGGAAUAGCAAGGUUCACAACAUAUUGGCCUCCACGUCAUUUAACGGGACAACUGUGGUGUGGGAUCUGAGGAAGCAAAAGCCAGUUAUAAGUUUCUCUGAUGCAAUUAGGAGGAGGUGCUCUGUUUUGCAGUGGCACCCUGAUGUUGCCACUCAGCUAAUUGUUGCUUCAGAUGAUGACAGUGCACCAUCUCUCCGGCUGUGGGAUAUGCGCAAUAUAAUUGCUCCAGUAAAAGAAUUCGUUGGGCACACCAAAGGGGUCAUUGCUAUGUCAUGGUGCCCCAUUGAGAGCUCUUAUCUGCUUACCUGUUCCAAAGAUAACCGUACGAUUUGCUGGGACACUGUAUCUGGAGAGAUUGUGGCCGAAUUGCCUGCUGGAACCAACUGGAAUUUUGAUGUUCACUGGUAUCCUAAGAUUCCUGGAAUCAUAUCAGCAUCUUCAUUUGAUGGGAAAGUCGGCAUUUAUAAUAUCGAGGGUACUGGUCGAUAUGGUGUUGGAGAAGCUGGUGUUGGAGCAGCACCUUUAAAGGCCCCUAAGUGGUACAAACGAAAAGCUGGAGUUUCAUUUGGUUUUGGAGGAAAGCUUGUUUCAUUUUGUUCUGAAUCUCCUGCUGGAAUUUCUGAGGUUUCUGUGCGCAAUUUAGUUACUGAACAUGGUUUGAUUAGCCGAUCCUCCGAAUUUGAAGCUGCCAUACAAAAUGGGGACAGAUCAGCAAUUAAACUUUUGUGCGAAAGGAAAUCUCAAGAAUCUGAAUCUGAGGAGGAGAGGGAAACAUGGGGCUUCAUGAAAGUUAUGUUCAAUGAGGAUGGGACUGCAAGGUCCAAGCUGCUUUCUCAUCUUGGUUUCAGCACGCCUGCUGAAGAAAGCGAUACUUUAAACAAUGAUGUUUCUGAGCAGGUAAAUACUCUUGGUCAUGAUGAGAGUACAACUAUUGGAGAAGGAGCUUCUGGGUAUCGAGCAUCUGCCCUUUUUGCAACUGAUAACGGAGAGGAUUUCUUUGACAAUAUUUCAACUCCCAAGACACCAGUUUCCAAUUCUAAGAAUGAAUUUGUUGUUGGAGACUCUGUAAACGAAACCUAUCCAGAAACCGACGGACAAGAGGAGAUUCCCGAUUCUUCAUUUGAUGAUGCUGUUCAACGUGCUUUAAUUGUUGGAGACUACAAGGGGGCAGUUGCGCAAUGCAUUUCUGCAAAUAGAUUGGCGGAUGCUCUGGUUAUUGCCCAUGUAGGUGGUGAUUCCUUAUGGAAUAACACACGUGACCAGUACCUCAAGACAAGUACUUCUCCCUACCUAAAGGUUGUUUCGGCCAUGGUGAACAAUGACCUAAUGAGCAUUGCUAACGCCAGACCUCUAAAAUCAUGGAAGGAAACUCUUGCUCUCUUUUGCACCUUUGCACAGUCAGAGCAGUGGGCUCAGUUAUGCGACACACUUGCUGCUAGACUCAUGGCUGCUGGUGAUUCUACUGCUGCAACUUUGUGUUACAUUUGUGCUGGAAAUAUCGACAGGACUGUGGAAAUCUGGUCGAGAAAUUUGGCAAAAGAUCAAGAUGGAAAGCCUUAUGUAGACCGUCUCCAGGAUUUAAUGGAGAAGACUAUUGUCUUUGCUUUGGCUACUGGACAGAAGCGAUUUAGUGCUUCAUUAUGUAAACUAGUUGAGAAAUAUGCUGAAAUAUUAGCAAGUCAAGGGCUUUUAACUACAGCGAUGGAGUAUUUGAAUCUUCUUGGCACAGAGGAAUUGUCUACGGAACUUAGUAUCUUACGUGAUCGCAUUUCUCGGUCUACUGAGCAAGAGAAAGAAGUUGAGAGAACAGUGACUUAUGAGAACAAUCAAAUGCAAACCGGACCUGCAUAUGGGGAUCAAUCGAGUUAUGGCGUUGUUGAUGCCUCUCAACAGUAUUAUUCGAAUACAGCACCAUCCCAAUUCCAACCAACUGUUCACAGCAGUCCAUACAGAGACAAUUAUCAGCAGCAGCCUGCUGUUACGUAUGGAAGGGCUUACAAUCCUCCUUCUGCAUAUCAGGCAGCCUCACAGCCCAACACAUCUCAGCCAACCAUAUUUGUCCCUUCCCCAGCGCCCCCAGCCCAGACGGGAAGUUUUCCUCCUCCACCUCCCGUUAACACUCAGCCCACUGCAAAAUUUGUCCCCACAACCCCUCCUUUAUUGAAAAACGCAGAGCAAUAUCAGCAGCCGCCGACUUUGGGUUCCCAGUUGUAUCCAGGGUCUGUGAAUGCUAGCUAUCAAGCUGGUCCUCCGGGUGUUCAAUCAUUUGGUGCCAACACAUCUCAGGUUCUAACUCCUCCUGGGCAAAAGGUCUUUGCCCCUACUCCACCAACUAGAGGUUUCAUGCCUGUAACUAGUUCAGGGGUACAAAGACCAGGGAUGAAUCCAGUGCAACCUCCGAGUCCUAUUCAGACUGCUUCACUGCAGCCAGCAGCUCCUCCUGCUGCUCCACCUCCUACUGUGCAGACUGUUGAUACAUCAAAUGUACCUGCACAACAGAGACCUGUUAUUGCAACUUUAACAAGACUUUUCAAUGAGACGAGUGAAGCAUUGGGAGGAUCACGUGCAAAUCCUGCUAAGAAGCGGGAAAUUGAGGAUAACUCGAAGAAGUUAGGUUCCCUAUUUGCAAAGCUCAAUAGUGGAGAUAUAUCUAAAAAUGCUGCAGAAAAGCUUGUUCAACUCUGUCAGGCCUUGGACAAUGGUGAUUUUGGCACUGCCCUUCAAAUCCAGGUCCUGCUCACGACCAGUGAUUGGGAUGAAUGCAACUUUUGGUUAGCAACACUCAAAAGAAUGAUCAAGACCAGACAGAAUUUCAGAUAGAAAUUAUCAUUGGUUUUGCUGUGGUCCUUAAUCCUUUAGGUGUGGAAUUAUGUUAAAGUGAUAUUUGUACACAAGAUCUUAAUGGAUUGGAUACUUGGAUAGAGUGUUGUUUCUUGUUUCACUGUUAAUUAUACUUUUUUUGCACUGUCGUGCUUUGUUGAAAUUUAGUUUGAAAUGUUCAAGCACAGUCCAACAUGAUAACCUUCUGUGGAUUAUGAGAUUUUUAGCCAAUUACUUUCGCCACAUGGUAUAUGUAGUAUUAAAAUAUAGAUAUUUUAUGUUCUCUAUUUUUUCUUUUCUGAUAUGUGAUGCACUGUUGUAAGUUUCCCCUGCUUUGGAACUUGCCUCAUCUUUCUCUGAGGCAGGGGUUAUAAAGAAAGACGAUUUUUAUUUCCUUUGCCAUUGUUGCCGUUCUUAUAGUGCACCUUUACAUUUUCAUGGUACCACCUCAUCUUUUAAAAUUCAAAAUUGC